AUGCCUCAAUUAAACCCUCACCCUUGAUUAAUGAUCCUUUUGUUCUCAUGAACAAUUUUCCUCAUUAUCUUACCAAAAAAAGUAACAAACCACCUAUAUAGCAACAACCCAGCAUUAAAAAGUACAGAAAAAUCUAAACCCGAGCCCUGAAAUUGACCAUGAUCCUAA